AUGGCGGAAGGAGGAGCGGCAGAUCUGGAUACCCAGAGAGGAGAGGUCGCGGCGCAGUUGAAAACACAGCUGAAAAAGGGAGACACUUGGUACCUGGUGGACAGUCACUGGUUCAAACAGUGGAAGAAAUAUGUGGGAUAUGACAAUUGGGAUAAAUACCAGAUGGGUGACCAGAAUGUCUACCCAGGACCAGUUGAUAACUCCGGUCUUCUCAGAGAUGGGGAUGUGCUGGCCAUCAAGGAGCACCUCAUCGAUGAGCUUGACUACAUCCUGGUCCCCACAGAGGGCUGGAAUAAACUCAUCAGCUGGUAUGGAUUAACAGAGAAUCAGGAGCCAAUUGCACGAAAGGUGGUAGAACAGGGUAUGUUUGUGAAGCACUGCAAGGUUGAGGUGUACCUGACAGAGCUGAAGCUCUGUGAAGACAGCAACAUGGACAAUGUGAUCACCAGGCGCUUCAGUAAAGCUGACACAAUAGACAUGAUAGAGAAGGAGAUGAGGAAGCUGUUCACCGUCCCUGAUGAGAAGGAGACCAGGCUGUGGAACCGGUACAUGAGCAACACCUUUGAGCCUCUCAACAAACCAGACAGCACCAUUCAAGAUGCCGGCCUCUACCAGGGACAGAUUCUCGUCAUAGAGCAGAAGAGUGAGGAUGGCUCAUGGCCGCGAGGCUCCACGGCACCCAAGUCAUCUGGUGCUUCCAAUCUCUCUGCUUUGCCAAAGAUCUUGCCUUCAUCUCUCACAAACAAUCAUAACAGCAGCUUCAACAGCAGGAAUGUGAAGAAUUCAAGCUAUAGUCUACCGUCCUACCAUCCCUACAGCAACAGCUAUGACUACUCAGACCAGAGCAGGCAGAGUGAGCGCUCGGGCCUCUGUGGACUCUCCAACCUGGGCAACACCUGCUUCAUGAACUCUGCUGUGCAGUGUUUAAGCAAUAUCCUUCCUCUGACGGAGUACUUCCUCAAAGACAAGUUCACAGAAGAGAUGAAUGAGGACAACCCGCUGGGCAUGAAGGGGGAGAUCGCCAAAGCUUACGCCGAGCUCAUCAAGCAGCUGUGGUCGGGCAAAUUCAGCUACGUCACCCCACGGCCUUUCAAGACCCAGGUGGGCCGCUUUGCUCCACAGUUUUCGGGCUACCAGCAGCAGGACUCUCAGGAGCUGCUGGCCUUUCUCCUGGACGGCCUUCACGAAGACUUGAACCGCAUCAGGAAGAAGCCCUACAUCCAGCUAAAGGACGCCAACAGCAGGCCUGACAAGGUGGUGGCGGAGGAGGCGUGGGAGAACCACAUCAAGAGAAAUGACUCCAUCAUUGUGGACAUCUUCCACGGCCUUUUCAAGUCCACCCUGGUGUGCCCCGUGUGCUCCAAGGUCUCUGUGACCUUCGAUCCUUUCUGCUACUUGACCCUGCCCCUGCCCAUGAAGAAGGAGCGGACACUGGAGGUCUACCUGGUCCGAAUGGACCCUCUGGCCAAACCCACACAGUACAAGCUGACCGUACCGAAAGUGGGCUACAUCUCCGACCUGUGUACCUCCCUCUCCAACCUGUCUGAGGUGCCUGCUGAGAAGAUGAUUGUAACUGACAUCUACAACCACCGUUUCCAUCGGAUCUUCGCCACCAACGAGAACCUCAGCAGCAUCAUGGAGAGAGACGAUAUCUAUGUAUUUGAGUUGGCGGUGAACAGGGUGGAGGACACGGACCACGUGGUGAUCCCGGUGCACCUGAGGGAGAAGUACAAACAGUCGGGCUACAACCACACCAGCACGCCGCUGUUCGGACAGCCCUUCCUCCUCACCGUGCCCAGAGCCCUCACCGAAGACAAGCUCUACAACAUGCUGCUCCUGCGCCUGUGCCGGUUUGUGCGAUCUCUAGUGGUGGAGGAGGAGGAGGAGGAGGAGGAUAGUGAAGAGACACAGCCGUCCAAACCACACGCCGUUAACGGUAACGCCACUAAUGGACUGCUGGAGGAGGGGUCGCCGAGCGAGAUGGAGACCGGCGAGAUGGAGACCGACGAGCAGGACGACGAGUCCAGUCAGGAUCAGGAGCUGCCCUCCGAGAACGACAACAGCCAGUCUGAGGACUCUGUGGACAACGAACAGGAGAACGGUGUGGUCGGCUCACAGAACUCCACCAAAGGCCAGCAGACAGCAGGGCUCAACAGGAAGAGGCUCUUCACAUUCCAGUUCAAUAACAUGGGAAAGACCGACUUCUCCCUCAUCAAGGAGGACACCAGGCAGAUCCGCUUUGACGAGGGCCACCUCCGACUCAGUGACCGCUCUUAUCUCUCCUUGGACUGGGAACCGGAGAUGAAGAAGAAGUACUUUGACGAGACUCUUGUCGAGGACUUUGACAAGCACGAGAGCAUGGAGUACAAGCCUCACAAGAAGGCGUACUUCAAGCUCAAAGACUGCAUUGAACUUUUCACCACGAAGGAGAAACUGGGAGCAGAGGACCCAUGGUACUGUCCGAACUGUAAGCAGCACCAGCAGGCCACCAAGAAGCUGGACCUGUGGUCUCUGCCGCCGGUGCUGGUGGUCCAUCUGAAGCGCUUCUCCUACAGUCGAUACAUGAGGGACAAGCUGGACUCCCUGGUGGAUUUUCCACUCAGAGACCUGGACAUGUCUGAGUUCCUGAUCAACCCCAAGUCCGGGCCCUGUCACUAUGACCUCAUUGCUGUGUCCAACCACUACGGCGGGAUGGGUGGAGGCCACUACACGGCGUACGCCAAGAACAAAGACGACGGGAAGUGGUACAACUUCGAUGACAGCAGCGCGUCUCCCGCCAGCGAAGAUCAAAUAGUGUCCAAAGCCGGCUACGUGCUUUUCUACCAGCGCCAGGACACGGUGAAGGGCACCGGCUACUUCGCUCUCGACCGCGAGGAAGAACAGGAUGUGGAGGGCGAGGAGGAAGGAGAGGAUGGGGAGAAUGAAGGCGAUGAGAGGCAGGAGAGAAACACCCCUUCGUCCUCUCAAGGUGCCUCUUGUUCUGCCUCGUCUGCCGCCGCCGCCACUCCGAGUGACGAGGAGGACCUGAACGAGAACCGCCACAGAAAGAACGACAACGAGCAGGCCGAGGAGGAGCAGGAGGAGCAGGAGGAGCAGGAGGAGCAGGAGGGGAAGGGGGAGCAGGAGAAACAGGCGCCCAAUCGAAACGUCACCAUGAAAACCAACUGAGGCGAUCGAGGACACGAAUACAUGGAGAGAGAGACGAGGAUCUUUCCAUCCAAAGCCAUAUGGACACACAGCAUGGCAGCGGGCGCCACCGGUCCCACCCAGCGGCUCGGACUCGGCCGCUCGACAGGCCGAGCCGCUGCGGGGGUGGCGACUGUUACGUCGGGGAGCUGCCGCGGGACGCAACUCUUAAGAAAUCAGGGCCCUUCUCUGUGGUUGGAUCACUGUGUGUGUGUGUGUGCGUUUCGUCACGUCCAUUUGUUUAGGAUUUGCUCACCUGCUCUCUGGAAAAGAGUCACAGAAAGACAUUGGAGGCGAAUGGAGAGGCGUCGCGCUCUCAAUCGCCCCCCCUUUGCUUUUUGUGUUUCUUGUUUAUAUAUAUAUAUAUAUUUUUAUUUUUUUGAGAGCAAUGCAUUAUUGGAAUUUAAUUUUAUUAUCAUUUAGACGGUGUAAAUAUUUUAAAGAAUUAAUUAUUUCAUGAUGCGCUGAAACCUUUUGAACUUGCACAAUCACCAACCAGCCACCUUUUUUUGUUUGAUGUAUUAUUGCCACACGGACUGCAAAUGUGUCCCAUAAACAUCUGAGGGCUUCAGGGAGCAGCGAGCAGUCUGGACUUCACGUAGAGAAGUUAUACUUAUAGUUUGUUUUAUUAAGUGUCGAACAGCCAAACGCUCUUGGCUUUGAGCUGCUGCUACUGCUGUAAUCUUGCAUUUUUAGACGGAUUAUUAGUAUAUCGGCAUGAACUUUAGCGAUGUAAGGUCCCGCUUCAGCCGUCUCUCUCUGGUCUCCGUUGAUCUGGAAACCUGCAAAUUAAGUGGGAUUUUGAAGUUAUCCAGCUAACUUUGCAAAAAAAUAUAUAUAGCUGAACAGAUUCUAACUUUGCACAUUUUAUCUGCAAAAAGAAGAAUAAGUAGUGCGCGUUUCACUCUGUCUUAAUAACUCAACAUAAUUUGCAGGGAUUGCAACAAAUCUGUUUAAAAGUUAGCUGGCCGACUCUUAAAUCCUCCGCCACAAAGCUCUGAGUUAUUCACAGGUAAAGGCUCUACCACGACUCAGUCUCUCUCUCUCUCUCUCUCUCUCUCUCUCUCUCUCUGUGCUCUUCAUAUCCGAGGCGCUGUGAGAUUAGGAACAUCGGUGAUCAUCCGGCAUCAGAUGGCCCGUCUCUUGUUUCGGAUCACCUCGGCCUUAACUCUUAAUCUCAGACCGGUCGCCUUUUUUCUUUGCACAGAACUAAUCUCGCCCUCUUUCCCGCACGGCCCGGCCCGGCGCGCACAAAUGCCCGUCUGGUUUGUCUGCUCGUUGACAUCGCAGCCACGUCAUCUCGCCGCAGGGGGCCGGAAUGUACGUUGAAUGGUAUGAACACCGACCAGAUGUAUGUCGGUGAUGCCUUUUUUUCUUCUUUUCUUUAUAGGGCCAGGUGGUUUUUAUUUUUGCAAUUUUUUUUCACGGCGCCCUAUUUUUGGUUUGGUUGAAUGAUGGUAACGGGUUGUUUGCCUUUGGUAUUAGCUGUAUGGUGGGGAGGGGGGGGGUUAAGAUGCUUCUUUGUGGUCCUGAGCUUCUCGGCAUGGAGGCAGGUGGUAAGGGGGACAGUGGGGUGAGUCUGCCUGAAAGGCCGACCAGCUUUUAGGAUCAUGAUACAGUGAACAUAUUUUGUGGCAGAUUGUUGCAGGAUAUUCCUCCAUCAAUGUGACUCAUGAUGAAACUAUUCUCUUCUAUGGUGGAGUUAUGUGUUUCUUUUUCUACCUGUUCUUCCAUUGUAAACAGCAUUAGCGUCCCUGUUGUCGCCUCAGAAUAUUAGAUGUGCACCAUGCCUUUAUACCAACUUCAGACCCCCCCCCCCCCCCCAUCCUGACUGAGUGAGAUGUGAUUGCUACUAUAGGCUUAUACAAUACUGUACAUAAGAGUUCACUCUGUGAGUGCACAUUUGAUAAAGUUUAUUUAUUUAUAUGUAAGCCUUUAAUAAUAAACAUACAAUAUAUUUAAAACCUUGGCCAAGACCUGACGUGUCAGGCGGGAGAUGUGGCUCGAGUCCAUACUAGUUGGCGAGGUUUUGCUGUGCUCUUGGCAGGGAGGAAAUAUUUUUCAAAAAAAAUGUACAAAAAAAACAAAAAAAAGGAAGGGUCUGGUUUUGGGACUUUUUUUGUAAAACAAAAAAUAAAUAAUAAUCCAGACAUCCUUGCAUGAAAACAUAACGAAGGGGUUCCAGGUUUGGCUGCACUUGAGUUCACUUGGGUUUACAUUUGAAAUGUGCAUGUGUAUUUAUACACAAUCUUCAAUAAAGUUGUGUCAAGCUUC